CUGAGAGAGAGAAACACUCUAAACUGAAUCUCACUGUUACAACAGUUUCUUAAAAAAUAAAAAAAAAAAUAAAAAUGGCACCAAACAGUCCCUCUGUCUUCAUAGCCUCCCCUCCAGUGCUGCUACCUGGACAUGGAGAGAAAAUCGAGAUGAACAGCCUGGCUGGCUCACACACAUCACAGGCAGUUAAGGGUGGUCUGGGAAUAGCAACAGCGGCUAUUUUUCUUGCUGGGGAAAUGGCUGGAAGUGGAGUGUUGGCUUUACCAUAUGCUCUUCUUGGGACAGGUUGGACCGGUUUGUUUCUGAUAGCAAUGUUCACUGUGAACUCUCUAUUCUCUGGGACAAGGUUGGGACUUUGCUGGGUUAUGCUGGAGGAGAGAUAUGAGGAGUUUAGGGGACAUGUCCGAGAUCCUUAUCCUUGUAUUGGAGAGAAAGCUGUCGGAAGAUGGGGACGAAUUGUCUCAUUGGUCGCCAUUUGUAUUACCCUGUACGGCGGAGGUUGUGUGUUUAUUGUUUUAAUAGCACAGUUGUUGGGUUCCCUGGUUGGGUCUGCUGGGUUCCAUUUAACUCUAUGCACCUGGAUGGUAAUUGUGGCAGUUUGUCUUAUUCCUCUCACCUGGGCAGGAACACCUAAGGACUUUUGGCCUAUUGCUGUUGGUGCACUCCUAACUACAGUAACAGCCUGUAUCAUUAUUAUAAUCAAGGUUGUGAUUGACGGGAAUGAAUUAGAGCAAAAAGUUUAUCCUCCACCAACCUUCCAGGGGUUUCUUAAAGCCUUUGGUUCGAUAAUGUUUGCAUUUGCUGGUGCUUCCACCUUCCCGACUAUUCAAGCUGAUAUGAAGAACAGAAGCCAAUUCAACUACGCGGCAGUUAUAGCUAUUCUCAUUUUGUUCCUAAUCUACUUCCCAAUGGCUGCUGGAGGAUAUUUUGCCCUGGGUGAGCUGGUUCAGGACAAUAUAGUUCUCUCCAUGUCUGACGGGUGGGAGAGGGUGGUGGUGGAGAUCAUGCUUCUCCUUCAUCUCGUCUCAGCAUUCCCGAUCAUCACCAACCCACCAGCUCAGAUCUUCGAGGAGAUACUCAGCAUUCCUUCAGAUUUUAACUGGAAACGUUGUGUAUUCCGAUCCAUCAGCGUUCUCAUUCUUCUCUUCGUAGCGGAGUCUGUUCCCAGCUUCGGGGCCAUCCUAAACCUCGUCGGAGCCUCCACAGUCACCCUCCUCACCUUCGUCUUCCCCCCCUUCUUCUACAUGAAGAUUGCAGACGCUACCAUUGGGGUCAAGGGAGUUCCUGAGAGACGGAUACCAGUUUGGGAGCGAGUGUACUGCUGGGGUUUAAUUGUUAUUGGUAUUCUCGGGGGCGCGUGCGCAACAUAUAAUGCCAUGAGUGAUAUUGUUGCAACCUCCCUAUCCAUACCCUGCUAUCUAAUUUAUUUUAGCGAUAUGUUUGCAACCUGCCUAUCUGUACCCUUAUAAUCUAAUAUUUUUUAGUGAUAUUGUUGCAACCUCCCUAUCUGUACCCUUCUAACCUAUUAUAUUUUAGUGAUAUUGUGCAACCUUCCUAUCGGUACCCUGCUAUAUUAUAUAUUUUUGAUAUUGUUCCAACCUCCCUAUCUGUACCCUGCUAUCUUAUACAGUGAUAACCAGAAUACAAUUGAAUAGAAAGACGACAUUAUAUCAAUACUUAAGCGUUUUGAUGUUUCAAAGCAAAAUGAUUUUACCAGUAACUUAAACCUCCCUAUUUGUUUUAGUGAUAUUGUUGCAACCUCCUUAUCUGUACCCUGCUAUCUAAUAUAUUUUAGCGAUAUUGUUGCAACCUCCCUAUCUGAACCCUGCUAUCUAAUGUAUUUUAGUAACUUGUCUGUACCCUGCUAGCUAAUAUAUUUUAGUGAUAUUGUUGAAAACUC